AUGAUUUCAAUUCAAAAAUCGGAUCUAUUUCUUCUGUGCUUCUCGAUUUUUCUCGUCCAAAUAGCAGCAAGGAAACACCGAAGACCGAAUGAGAUAAACAUCGUGAAUCUAUUGGAUCGAAAUGUGAAAUUGCGAUGUCAAUCGAUAAAAACCGAUUUUCAUGAUCGUUUCCUGAACAUAAAUGAACGCUUUAGCUUCAAAUUCUAUGAUAUUGAUCGAGGUGACAUGCACUUUUGGUGUGACGUCUAUGCGCUCGGCGGGAUCGAUCGAACGUUUGACGCUUUUGGUGGAUACGCGCCGUUGAGGGGAACGUUGACUUGGUUUAUUCGCCGAAAUGGCAUUCAACUCGAUCACCCGAAUGCCACUGUUUUCCCGUGGAGAGAUCUCCGUCCUUUAUUGAGCUCUUUGCCCAGAACAAUGGCCACAGGAUUUACAAAAAGACCACCAAUG